UAGCAGCACAGCGUGGAGUGAUGGUGAUGAGGAGGAACAGGAGGGUAUGGUGAAGAAGCUCCGAAAGUGAAGGUUGCUGGGAGGAGUUGUUGCUAAAAGCUUUUGACUCUUGGUUCUCUUUAUAAAUAUGAUGUGAUGUUUUUUUGCUACGCGGCCCGGGAUAUACAUUUGGAAUUCUGUCACGUUGGUGACUUGUGUUUGAACUCGACCAGUGCCUCGAUCGCUUGAAUGUCGCUAAUUAGUGAUACCGAUUAUCUUAUCCACAGCCUCAGACUCAACUACCUCCGCGACGUCGAGGAUCCCUAUGGUUCCCGUCUCAUCUCUCUCGACUCGUCCUAUACUUCAAACCCGUACAUCCUCGCCGCCUCUCUCGCUGACGUCGACCGAUGGCCAGAGCUUGCCAUGCCGUCUAGUCCCCAAAUCAGCGAUGACGAAGAACAACCAGCCCCGGGGGCCAAAAGUUUGAAAUACACGCAGACGAUCAUGGGUGGACGCACGGGCGGGCUGGGAUUGCGUGUCAGUGGGAAACGGACGUCAGUGAGCAAGCGGGCGUCGACGCUGCUGUCAACCACGGAGCCGGACGUAGUGAAGAACUUUGUUGGGACGAGUGCGCCGGUGAAUGAAGAACCAGAUGUCGAGGAGCCAGAGAGCAUGCCAGAGAUCAACGUGCAGGAGCCGGUGGUGGUGGACGAGGUGCCGGAUCUGCCGCAGUUUAUCCCCAGAUUCAAAGGCGCUGCUGAGAUGGAACGGCGACGACGACUGAGGAUGGCAGCUAGGAGAAGUCCUGAUACCGCCCCGCUGCCUGGUCCACCACCGACGCUCAGCUUUGAUGACUCUUCCAGCGACGAAGAGAACCCUGCGUCGCCAUCCUCGUCGCCGUCAUCAUCGUCCGAAUAUGUCGCUGGUGGAAACGAUAGCAUGGACGACGACGACGACGACUUUGACCCCGAGUUUGCGGCGACAACAACGCGCACACCCGGCAACUUUGACAGCGCCUCCGACAUGAACUCGGUCCUCUCUCUCUCAAACUCAGGGCCCUCCCGUCGAUCCCGCCCCCGACUGAGCCCCGUCUCCGAAAAGGUCUCCCCAAACCGGGCGCGGGCAGAGUCCCGCCCCCACAAACCACAGCGCAAUCCCACCGCAGAGAUGACGUUCACCCGCAAACGCGUCCAGCCUCCCAAGCUCCCCACAGUGUCCGCACUCUCGGCCGUGCUCAAGUCUGCGGGCACCACGACUAAUCCGUUCAGUGAGCUCUACUCGUUGAUCAGUGGCCGCGGUGAGAGUGCGUCCUCGUACGUCCAGGUCUACUUUCCCCAUGCACAGGAGCCUAGGAACAAGGCCAUGGAACUCAGUGUGAGGAAGGAUGCCUCGGUCGAAGAGGUCAUUGGAUUUGCGCUAUGGACUUAUUGGGAAGAGGGAUGGAAACCCAAGCUGGACGACGGUCUCACUGAGGAUGACGAGAGAUGGAACACCCAACUGAGUGCCAUUGGAUGGAUACUCCGAAUAGCUGAGGAUGACGGUGAAGUCGACGAUGACUUUCCACCUCCUGAUCGAAUGGGCAAAAUCGUCAAAUUCAACGCAGAUGCCUAUGCUGUCUUGGAAGCAAGUCCUGCCCAAGUCGCACAGAACCGUAUCCUCCAAGCCAAGAUCCAACGACGUCCCUCUCGAACCGCCGUCGCCAAGAAAUCCCAGAACCAGAAUCCAAGCUCAUUGUCCCUAGCAGCCAAUGCCGCCCCCGUUUUUGGCUCCAACCUCGGUUCCCUACCGCUCUCGACCAGUUUAGGCUUAUCAUCCAGCGGGCCGCAGAUGUUCUUGAGAAUAAGAGUGGCGGACGCAGCAGAUGCAGGGCACAUAUCCACCACCAUCCCUGUGUCUGCUGAGAUGUAUAUGCAAGAAGCUCUCGAGAUGGUCUGCCGUAAGCGCAAGCUUGACAAUCCGAAAGAGUACGCACUGUUGCUCGCGGACAUGAGCAUUCUUAUCCCGCUUGAUCGCACCGUGGCGAGUCUGCAGGGUAAGCGAGAGCUCGUCAUCAUCAAGAAGAGCAGGCUCGGGGGAGAUGUCCUCAAGGGUGCUGGGCGGACGACUGACCCAAAUGCAUCGAUAUUCAAGCGCAUUUCGGAUACGCCAGAAGUCAAACUUAGCUCUGCGCUGGAUUACACCGCUGCAUAUAAGAAAUACACCAUAUCCCGCAAGAUGCCCAUGCUCGUCGCCAAGCAAGAAAAGACCCUCGCCAUCGACGGUGUCUACAUCCACAUCAUGCCCUCCACUAACAAAGCCAAAGCUGUCUUUGACAACGGCAAGACCUACUCGUACCACAUCAAGAGCAUCGUUGACUGCCAGCAGAGUACGAAGAGUUUGAAUAUCUUCAAGCUGGUCCUUACGGGCAACAAGAGGUAUGAUUUCGAGGCUGAGAGUCCAAAGUUGGCGGGGGAAAUUGUGCAGACUAUUCGGAGUAUGAGGACGGCGCUGGAGAGGAGUGGGACUGUUAAUAGGAGCAGGAGGAGUCGGCAUGGGGGUGGGGGCUAGGUAGGUAGCAUGGACACAAUUUCAACGCUUUUUUUUCCCACUGUCCACACAGUGAUGAAUUGGCGAGGGAGGGCCUCCGCGAUCUGGCCUUUGAAAAAUAUCGUGUAAUGGCUUCCAUUCUCGACUCCUUUAAUAAUUGGUGCGCUAUAGAUACUAUGUCCCACGGAUGCUAAUUGAAAAUAUGAUUUCGAUGUCUCUCGGUUAGGUAGGUGGGUUCCAUUCAUCUUCACCGGGCUG